CGUAAAAAGUACCUUUGGAUGUGAUGAGAGAAUUCGUGUGUGCGAUAAUGAUUUUUUGAUAAAUUCCGUGUUAUUUAGUUAGAUUAUAACAAAUUUGUCAUUAAAGAUGGUGACUAUAAUAAAGAACCAAUUACUUAAACAUCUAUCGAGGUUCACAAAGAAUCUGUCACCGGAACAGAUCUCCCUCUCAGCGCUGCGAGGGUCUGGUGAGCUGCAAGACCUGACCUUAGAUGAGGAGCUUCUGACAGAACUGUUGGAACUGCCUGGAUGGGUCAGGCUAACGUCUGCCAAGUGUAAUAGGGCAUCCUUCAGGAUACAAUGGACCAAGCUCAAGACUGUUCCUAUUGUGUUGAACCUGGACGAGGUGCACAUAGCUCUGGAAGUAUGUCAGGAGCCCCGGGUGAUGAACCCGAGCGCCGCCGGAGCCCUGCCCGUGCCGGGGAAGUACAGCUAUAUACACAAGGUGAUAGAUGGAAUCUCAGUGGCUGUGAACCACGUGCAAAUAGACUUUAACUGUGAAGCGUUUACCAGCAGUGUUCAGAUCUCAAGAGUGACUGUUGAGUCAAGAACGCCAGAGGGUCGCAAGGGAGACCUAAGACUGACUAGAAUCAAAUCGCCUGACACGGGACAACUGCUUAUAUUUAAGGAGCUAGAAUGGCAGAGCGCCCGCAUAGAAGCCAAAGCGCACGGGGCUGCGAACGCAAAUCUACCACCAUUAAGACUACUGUUGGGCAAUACGCACUGUCGAAUUGUUAUCAAGAAGAGAUUAUCAGAUUGUGCAGUAAUAGGUUCCCGGCUAGCCAUAUGCCCGGAGCCGCUGGCGUGGGCGCUGACGGACGGGCAGCUCCGCGCCAUGCUGGCCUGCGCCAUCGCGCUCGCCAAGCCGGUGCAGCGAGCCACCGCCGCCGCCACCAGGAUCAAGGCGCUGAGGAAGAUCGAAGAGCCUCGUGAACAGAUAUCGAGUAGACCGGCUACAGGCGAGCGAGACAUCUUAGCGCGAAUGUUCGCGAAGCACGACGUGCGCGAGACCUCGUACCAUCUGCUCGCGCCCAGGAUAGACCUGCAUCUCUGUGACGAUCCGGGGUUGGGUCGUUCUGAAAAGCCGUCUCUCUCAAAUGGCGGCGCUCUCCAAGUGACUCUAGUCAGCAUGCAGGCUGAUCUCUUCCCUUAUCACAAAGCUUCCGAUGAUAGAAGACAUUGGAGAGGAUACAGGGAAGCAGCAACGCCGCACAGUCAAUGGUUAUCUCAAGCGCUGUCGUCGUUUUGUACCACGCUACUCGAGUCACUAGACCCGAGGCCACUCACUCCUAGUAGUAAGCCCAGUCAACCUGAGAAACCGGAGGAGGUAUUAUCAAACGGCAUCAAGCACAAGCCGGCCUCGCAACACAGCGCUUCCAACGCUCCGUCCACUAACACUACUACCUCACAAGCGUCACCGACGAGGACGCGCAUCCUGCAGCAGCUGGGCAAGUUGAUGACCACGUGUCUUGUACUUAGGAUAGACGACUUCACUGUUUAUAAGGUAUCCACAGGGUCCAAGUCCCGUGAAGCGCCGCGUCCGCUGGUGUCGGCGGAGAAGGCGACGCUGCCGGGCGACGCGGGGCUGCUGCACGCUGAACUCACCUUCUUCUACUAUCCCGGAGAUGUGUGCUUCCCGGUCCCAGCCCCAAAACUGUACGUUCAGUUAAGUCCGGUCCGAGUGUCCAUGGACGUGAACAGCGUGGUGUGGCUGGGCGCCUUCCUGCCGCACGUGGUGCCGCGCGAACAGGAGAUGGAGCAGGCGCCGCCAGCAUACAUGGACGUCAGGAUGGAGGCUAUCAUGCCUAAGGUGGUGUUAGAAGCUGGUUCGGAGCACGUGUCCCAGCAACGCGACCGUCCCAAAGAGCUGCACAUUUGUACUGCAAGAGCUACGUUAACCAAUGUCCGAGAGUCGCCUAGAGCUAACUGUGCGGGCACACGCGCGGACCUGGCGGCCAUAUUAUCCGCGCUGCGCCGCGCGCAGCCUCCGCGCGGACAGUUCCCCUGCGCGGAAGACGAUAUGGAUCCCAUACAUGAACAGUUUAUACUGCAUGCUGAUAAUCUAGACGACAUAGACCGCGGUACAGCCAUCAGUACGGAACUGCUGUGGCGAGAGAACAGAUCGGUGUGGUGCGCGAGAGUGGAGCCGCUGUGGGCCGACUUCUGCGGCGCCAGAGCUACUAACUACAAGCCUGCACCUCUGUUAGAUGCUACUCCUCUUACUGCCUGGCUAUGCUUCGAAGAGAACUUCUCCCGCAUCUGGGUGGUGGCCCGUACCUGUGGCCUGGCUGGUCUUCAGCUGAACCACUACCAGAUGCUGUUCCUCAUGCGGCAGCUGGAGAGGAUCUCGGAGAUGACGGCCUGGUUAGCGCAUGAUGCUGAGAGGCAACCUGAUGCUGAAGAAGGAACAAUAGUAGUAGGCGUCGUGGUACCAGCAGUGGAGUUGACCUUCGUGCUUCCAUCCAACUGUCCAGGACAGGAGUCCUCUCGAGACCUGGACAGCGUUCCUCUCGACUCCUCCAGUCUACAGGACUUGAAGAUGGAGCACCAAACUGUAUCUACGCUAGGUGCGUCAACGCCGAUUGAGGAGAACUGCAUAGGUUCCGAAGCGACCAUGGCGCCGUCAAUGAUGGAUCGCGACAGCGGCGUGUUAGCCACCACGUCGGUGGAAGUCUGCCAGCCUAUUCAUAUUGAGGAACCGCCUCCUCCUAGCCCUGGGUUGAGUUUUGGUGGCUUCUCAUCAAUGCGUCGCGGCUUCACAUCUCUCGUCACGUCAAUAGACAGUGCUCUAACUCGUGACGACACGCGGUCCGACGCGGCCAGCACCGCCAGCUCUGACAGCGACCGAUACGUCGUCGUCGGCUUAGCUGCCGAGUCGCCUGACGACGCUGACAUGGCCUUUAGAGAGUUCGAGCACGGUCGUGCUUCGAGCGGCGUGGAGGUAGCUGCCGAGGUUGUGGAGAGAUCCUCCUCGCCCAGCGAUCACUCCGUCACCAGCUCCUGCAGGAGACGAGAUGUCAUCUCAACUAGCACAUGGCGUCUAAACAACAUCCACUUAGUGCACCAGUCCGGAUCAGGCCGGAGCUGCCUCCGUCUGGCCGCAGACGAUCUGAAGAGUGACGAGUGUAAUGCUAUACCCUGGGAUGAGUUCCAGAACCGUCUCAAGAACAAGUUCUCAAUGCGUGCCCGCGCGUGGUCGGAGCCGGCCGUCUCCGAUAGCGACGAGCUGAAGCCCAGGGAUGAGCCCCUCGUGUCUGCGCGGUUAGUGAGGACGCAGUUACCUAGGCCGGCGGAGGAGAAGGGUCUAGCGCCAUUCGAGGAGCUCCUAGAGGCCAGGAUCCGUGACCUCAGCAUAGCGUUAAACAUGAGCACUGCUCUAGCGCUCGCCGAGCUCAUUGAAGACGAAGUCAUCGCGCCUCCCAUGCCGCUUGAGGUGCUAAUAGAGAACGUGAAACUCCACUUAAUAGAAGACCGUCCUACCCGCUCAAUCUCCUCCCCUCCCCCCCAACCUUUAGACAUAGACCUUACCACAUUACGCAUGACGCGAGACACAUUGGGGGUCGUACGUCUUGGACCACCAGUCUCGACACCCUCGACAGUCACGUCACCAGCGACCCCCCAGCCGCAGCCGGAGUUGGAUGAUGCGAGGGAGAAGAUUGAAAGGUUGAAUAGAGAGAAUGAAGAGUUGAGAAAAAGGCUGGUCACUUUGGCCAGGAUAGCGGAGGAUAAUCGGGAGUUGAGAGCGAAAGUAGAAGAGGCGUCAGUGUUACGUCAAUGCGUGCACGCAGCGCAACAAGAGGCCGCCAGCUUACUGGCUGACAAGCAGGAGUUAUUGGAAGCUAUGCGUAUACUUCAGGAGCAGAUAUCGGGCGGUUGCCGCGGCAAGAGAUAGCGGUCGCGAGGCGGUCCGCCGCAGGGCUGCCUCGACUGCACCGCGUGCUGCGGCGACCAGCACUCCUGAACACCCUGUAGCUACAAUGCAUCCCCUGUAACAUAACCACACAACUGUAUGUAAAUCUACUAAAUAUUGUUGUGGAAACACGUUGUAUAAUGAUGUGAGAAAUGUUUUAGAAACAUCCUGUAUAUUGAUGAGAGAAAUGUUGUAGAAUCAUCCUGUAGAAUGUCCAUAAGGUGAUUUUGGAAUCACCCUGUACAUUGAUGUGUGAAAUUUUGUAGAAACGCCCUGUAUAAUGUACACAAGGUCAUUGUGGACACACCCUGUAUAUUGAUGUGAGUAAUGUUGUAGGAACACCCUGUAGAAUGUCCACAAGGUCAUUGUGGAAAUAUACUGUAUAUUGAUGUGAAAAAUGUUUUAGGUAAAUUAUCCACAACGCCCUGUGUAUGCAGCUGUUUACGCGCCAUAAGUUGUAAAUGUUGUCGUGAUUUGGAUACAGCCUGUAUAUUGAUGAAUAUAUGUAAAAAUAUUGCAUAAAUGUUAUAGUAUCAUCCUGUAUUGUGUAGCUAUUUUCUAUAUACUAAGGUAUUGUGUCAAAAAGUAAUUUGAAUGAUUUGAUUUGAAAACAGGUGAUGACUUUAUGAAGUUAGAAGUCUAUCAGAUAUGAUGAUAAAACGUUAAAAUAAUAUUUUGUAAUAAAUAUGUAUCAUGUGUCAAGUUAGUGACGAGGCCAAACAUACCCACAUGAACAUACACAAUGAAUAAUUAUGAGUAUUAAAAACUGAAAAUGUUAAAACCGAGGAAGUUUUUGCACAAUUUUAAGUUUAAUUUGAGUUAG